UGCGGGUGCUGCUGAGGUCCAGGAGCUCUCUCCUCCUCCCAUCUCCUAUAGUUGUAAUGUGGUUGAAGUCAGCGGUGAAGUCACAGUGAUGUCAUUUGAGGAUGUGAGAUAGUAAGGGGCAAGGUGAGCUGGUCUUGCAGAGUGGUGCCCCCACCCCACCCCCAAUCCACGGCCAGCGUUGCCUGUACAACGGCGCGGAGCGGCGAAAGAUGGUCAUCGCCACCGGCACCAAUCCAAGCUCCGACGCGUUCUGUUCUCCACUUGCUCAGAUCUCGGGCCAUGGGGCCCUGAUCUACAUCGAUCCAAAAACUCUAAACCUUCCCCGCCAACAUGCCAAAGGACAGAAGAUAAGAAGAGUUGCUUUUUUAGGGCAGGUAACUUUAACCAGGUGCCCCAAAGGUAAACUGGAUGGCCAUUGCGCAAAGGUGUCACUACAGCAUGCGCAGCGGGGCCGGGACGCACUGGACGCUGCCAGCAGUUAUUGUUCUGUGGACUUCUCUGUGGGCAAUCGCUUCCUCUUUUCCGAUCCCGAGCAGGACUAAUGCUACGUCGCUAGAAAGGAAGUGGGAGACCCUUUUCUCCCGCUCCUACCUGGGUAUAAACGGGGGCAGAUCGCAGAUGAACUGGCAGAGCGACUACUUGCAGGGCAUCAAAAGAGUGCGGCGGCUGUACUGCAACGUGGGCAUUGGGUUUCACCUGCAGGUGCUCCCAGACGGCAGGAUAAGCGGCGUGCACAGUGAGAACCCAUACAGUCUGAUAGAGAUCUCCACCGUGGACCGAGGAGUGAUCAGCCUGUUCGGGGUGAGGAGUCAGCUGUUUGUCGCAAUGAACAGCCGAGGGAGGUUGUACGGAACGAGAGUCUUCAAGGACGAGUGUAAGUUCAAGGAGACGUUGCUGGCGAACAACUACAACGCCUACGAGUCUUUUGUUUACAAGGACUUCUACAUCGGCCUCAGCAAGCACGGCCGCGUCAAGAGAGGCAACAAGGCGACCACCGCCAUGACUGUCACACAUUUCCUGCCGCGACUAUGAGAGAAGCUGACUUUUUUCGGAGAAAUUUGCACAUGUGGAUGUUCCUCCAGGUAACAUGUAUGUAGAAAUGCAACGUCCUGACAGAUCCACCCACGGACUGCGAUGGAGAACACAAAUAUUUAUUCUGUUAUACAUACAUAUGUGUAUAUUUGGAUAGCCGUGUUUGUAAAUGUAUGCCAAACUGUGCUGCUUAUUGUUUUUCUGGACAGGGCGAGUCUAGGCCUUUCCCUGUCCCACUUUACCUUGGUGCUUGCUGUAACUGAACUACACGCCACUUACUUUUUUUCUGAGAUGGAGGAUGAGCUAUACGCUGUGCUUUUAAAGAGUGAAACGAAUACUUUUUAUUACCUCAACGAACCACUUCACUAGAUGAAGGAAUGCAUGGACUUCUGCCCAAAUAUGUGUUGUAUCGUUUUAUUCAAAUGUUCGAAUGCUUGACGGUUCGCUGCUCUAUUAUUGAUGUCCGGCAGUGGAGGGGAGAAAUUUAAAUGCACUACUUUUUUCCUGCACGAUUUAAAGGUGCCUUGGUGUUCCCACUUGCUGGCCCCCCUUUAAACCUCUGUGUAAGAGACACCCGGAGGAGUCAUAAAUAGGGCUGACGCUCCGGAGAGGGCCUCAGAGGAGGGGAAAGGAAGGGGGUCGGCUAUCUCUGGUUUAUUUUCUUUUCUGUAAUUAGAUCGAUCAAGUAAUAAGCAAUCUGUGGUUGAGACCAGAGAACGGUCGGCCAUAGAGACUGGCACGAAGCCAUAUGUCUAACUGUGUAGCAUAUCCAGUAAGCAAACAGGGUGGAAAAACCGUAUGUGCUGCAGCAUGAAGAAACUUUUUCGGGUCGGACCUGGCUUGCUUCUGCACAAUUAUCGACUGAGCGGAUGAAGCAAACACAAAUGCUGCUGCACAAUGCCUUCGGAGGAGCCCCAGCUGUAGAGAGGGCUGCUAUUUUUUUGAAAUGCAAAGCUUUUAGCUGCUAUUAAGAGGACGAAACCAAUGGAAAACAAUGUAAAUAGCUGUGAGUUUAAAAGAAGACUUUUUGUAGCACAAAAAAAAUAUAUACAAAGGCUGCACAAGAAACCAGCAAUGAUGCUACUUAAACACGUGGUUUCUUUAGUUUGUCUUUGUUUUUGUGUGUUUGGGGGAGUAUUUUGGUGCUGUAGGAGUUUUUUUUUUUGUUUUUGUUUGCAGUCUUGUCAUCUUUUCUGUAGCAGCACUGCAGUGGCACGUUAGUGCAGGAAGCUGGAGACAAACAGACCUAAUUGCAAGUAUGGAUUAAUGGGUUUUUGUACAUCGAAGACUGAAAGGAUAACGUAGUUGAAAAAGAGGAUCCAAAGGUUACGUUUUUGGCAUGCACACUUAGGCUUAAAUGAUGGCAGAGAUGUAUACAUAGCAGCAGGUUUGUCCACAAAGCUGAAGGUGGAGGACGUUUUGCAGACUCAUGUAUUGGAUAUUUUUGUUCAGUAUUCCAAAGAUGUUUUUCUCGCCUCGCUCUCUGGAUUCCCAAGACUCCUCUAGAGUGAAUCUACUUGUAGUUUCUGCAGCUGUUAACCGCUUCAUUCCUGUGCGACAGGAAGAAGGACUAUUUAAACCCAGGAAAGACGUGCGUAUGCGCGGAGUCGGCAUGCUGUCUUUGUUUGUCAAACCGCCGCCCCCUCUGCAGGAAUGUGGGUUUGUCAGGGUGACAGCGACGCUUCCCCACAUACCUGAACUCUUGACAGGCUGCACUGUCCACCUCUGCCUCUUUUGCUGCCCCCAACCUUAACCCCCACAACUCACCCGCUGCAGGGAGGAACCUGUCAGAUUCCAGUUUUAACCUGCGAGCUUCCUCCUCUCAUUUCAGCCUGUUUUAGUUCAAGGUCAGAGUCACUGAGCAGCCUUUGGUUCCACGCCUGUGGUCAGGGUGGUCUGUUGUCCAGAACAGGAAUUUAAAUAAUCUUUUUUUUUUUGGCAUAAAGAGUCUUGUAAAAGUGCUCAUACCCCACCGUGUGUGCGUUACAAACACAAAACCCAUGUGAGAGAUCGGCACCAAGUACAGCGCAAUUAGGAAGUGGAAGGAAAAGCAUACACUGGUUUAAAACUUUCUCAAAAACAAAAAAAAUCUGACAAUUGGCAACCAUUCAGCUCCCGUUAGGUGAGAUGUUGUAGAGCCACCGUUUGCUGCAAAUACAAACUAUUCUCGCUGUAUGAUGCCUUUACAUUCAGGGAUGAAGUGUUCAGGGUGAAGUCAAAUGUUACUGCAUAUAAUCAGAAAGUUACAUUUAAGUUUCAUCUGACUAGAGCUCCUUCUUCUAUGUGUUUGUUGUUUCCCACAUGCCUUGUGGCAAAAUACAAAUAUUUUGUUUACAAAGUGACUUUCUUCCUGUCACUCAUCCUAAUCUGAGCAGUUCAUGACUAAUAGUCGUCUUGUUAAUAGAUUCUCCUACCUGAGCUGAGUUGAUCUGCAGCUCCUCCAGAGUUACCAUGGGCCUCUUGGUUGUUUCCUCAGAUUAAUCCCAUCCAUGGUCAGCCUGUAAAUGUGGGUGUAUAACCAUAGUCAAUCAAUCUUUACUUAAAUAGCACACACAAUAGAGUGACCAGAGG